AUGGCAGCCAUUCCACCCAGGCAGAAGGUGGUUGUGGUGGGUGCCGGGCCAGUGGGAUCACUGGCUGCGCUGUAUGCGGCAUCACGAGGCGACGACGUCGAAGUAUACGAGCUGCGUGGAGAUCUCCGCGACCCGGCCACUGUGCCGUUGAAUUUCACCAAGUCGAUCAACUUGGCCCUCUCGGAGCGCGGCAUUACGUCUAUGAAACAUUCAGAUCGGCCCGACCUAAUCGACAAUGUGCUCCGCGAUACGAUCCCCAUGUACGGGCGGAUGAUCCACGGCCGAGACCGGGGGCAGCUGUGGGAAGCCGCACAGGCCUAUGACGUUCAUGGUCGGGCCAUCAAUGCUGUUGACCGAGGCACGUUGAACAAUGCACUCCUCGACGAGCUGGAGAAAACCCCCAAUGUCAAGCUGUUUUUCAACCACAAGCUGACAGGCGCCGAUUUCCGCACCAACAAGGCCUGGUUUGAACGUCGAAUCCCUGGCGAAACGCCCCAAGCCAACUCCCAGGGUGUGGCUGGUCGAGUCCCGGAAAUCGAGGUGUCGUUCGACUACCUCAUCGGCGCGGAUGGGGCACAUUCGGCCUCGCGAUUUCACAUGAUGAAGUUCGCCCGCGUCGACUACCAGCAAGAGUACAUCGACACGCUGUGGUGCGAGUUCCGCAUCCCUCCGUCAAGCGAUGGAGGAUUUCGGAUCUCACCAAACCAUCUCCAUAUCUGGCCCGGGCGCGAGUUCAUGUUUAUUGCAAUCCCGUCCGCAGACAAGUCAUUUACCUGCACGUUAUUCGCGCCGUCCGCAGCCUACACAUCGCUGGAGAACUCCCCACAGGAACUGCACGCGUUCUUCGACCUGCGCUUCCCAGGCGUGUGUCCCGAGCUGAUCGACCCGGAAGCACUGAGCGAGCAAUUCGCCGUGAACCCGCACCUGCCGCUAAUCAGCAUCAAGUGCAAGCCGCACCACUUCAGCUCCAGCGUCGUGGUUCUCGGCGACGCCGCGCACGCCGUGCUCCCAUUCUACGGCCAGGGCCUGAACGCAGGCCUCGAAGACGUCCGCGUUCUCUUCGAGCAGCUUGACAAGCACGGUGUCUACGACUCCUCCUCCCGCGCCGCCAGCAUCUACACCCGCAACCUGAAGUGCCAGGCCGCCUUCCAAGCAUACACGGACCAGCGCUGCGCCGACACGCACGCCAUCAACGACCUCUCGAAACAAAAUUACCUCGAGAUGCGCUGGGGCGUCAAGUCGCCGCUCUACAAGCUGCGCAAGUCCGUCGAGGAGUCUGUCGACCGCCACCUGCCCUUCCUCGGCUGGAAGACCCAGUAUGCGCGCAUCAGCUUCAGCAACCAGCGCUACUCGGACGUUGUCCGCGCUGUGCAGAGCCAGAGCCAGGCGCUGGGCUUGGGUUUGAGUGCUGCGCUGGCUGCGGGUUUUGGCGCUACUGCCGUGUUGAUGUGGAAGCAUCCUCGCUGUUUCUCGCCCGUGUGGUUGAUCCGAUACUCGCUCCGCCAUUUGGCAUCUGUGUGGUUUAGGAUCUACCGCAGCCUAGCUUAUGAGUAA